AGAUUGUGAUGAACCAAGACAAGAGACAGUUUCAACCUAGCUUGCUUUCUUUUUUAUCUUUUCAAUCUCGUUUCAUGGAUUACUUAGCAAAUUGGGAAGGAUCACAUCAUCUAUAUUUAUAGCACUAUAACCAGCUAGCUAAAUAUCCAUUCAUCAUUUGUUCCCUCCAUCAUCAAGAUAAAGAGAGAAAAACAUCUUUUAUUUCCAAAUAAUUUUGACCAAAACAAAGGUUAAGGCUUAAUGGCACCUAAUGAAGACUCAGCAACAAAAUUAACAGCACUUGUUGUGGAUGAUGAUAGACAAGUAAGGAUGAUUCAUCAGUGGAUGCUGAACAAAGUUGGAGUGAAGAAUCAGGCAGCGGAGAAUGGAAAAGAAGCCGUACAAAUUCAUUGCUCUGGUCAAGGAUUUGACCUCAUUCUCAUGGACAAGGAAAUGCCUUUGAUGAAUGGCAUUGAGGCAACAAAGGAACUUCGUUCAAUGGGCAUUUGUAGCAAAAUUGUUGGGGUGUCAUCUCACUCAGAGGAAAAGCAAAUACAAGAAUUUAUGGAAGCAGGGCUUGAUGAUUAUCUAGUCAAACCUUUGAACAUGGCUAAGCUGCGUUCAAUUCUUGAUAAUAUCAUGUGAUUACCAGAACUCGUAAUUGAUGCAAGAGACCACUCCCUACCUUUUGAGUUUUUUGUGGGUUGAAUAGAAAAUGACCAAUGCAAUUGCCAGUCUAAUUAUUACUUAUAGAACUACAAUAAUGAUGGUUUCCUGUGUAGACAAAAAUAGAGAGCAAGCGUUGGUCAAAAAUCCGUUUUACUAUGGUAAUUGAAACAUUUUUGUGUGUAAAACAACCAAAUUUUCCUUUAAGUUGCAAAAGAAUAUCGAUUGUUCCUGAUGCUAACGGUUCAGCUCUAUCAGACACAAUUGAUAACCGGUAAAUCUUCGAUACAAUUAGUACAUAUUUAAAUUUCUGUAAGUUUUGUAAAAUUACACGUAAAAAAUGUACAAUACAAUACUACUCAUCCACAUGGAAGAUCCAUAGAAAAAUUUGAGGAGCUAACAAUUUCAUCAUUCCUAGUGCACAUGAUAUUCUGCCGGAAAGGUUGGCAUUAGCCCCAAGAAUGCUUGGGGUCAAGUACCUCUUACUUGGUCACUCUUUUAUUUGUCUUCCCCUCGGCAGUUACCAUCUAGUGAUAGAGA